UCGACGCCGAACCGCAUUACUUAAGGAAACAAUUCACAUGGAUCGAAAGAAACUGUUUUCACACAAUUAAAAUAAAAGUAAAUUUAUAGUUUCACUGAUUGUUUUGAAAAUAAGAUCUAAGUUUCAUUCUAUACUUACGCAAAUUAAACAAAGAGAAAUAGUUCGCCAAAAUGACGAUGCAACUAGUUCAGAUUCUAGAAAAAACUGUCUCGUCAGACAAAAAUGAGCUGGAAGCGGCAAAAAUUUUUCUUGAACAAGCGGCAAACACAAACAUUCCUGAGUUUUUGAAGGCUCUGUCUAAUGUUUUGGUGGGGUCCGGAAACAGUGUUGUCGCCCGUAUGGCCGCUGGCUUGCAACUUAAAAAUCAACUCACUAGCAAAGAUAAUCACAUUAAGCUGCAAUAUCAACAAAGAUGGUUAGCAUUCCCGGAAGAUGUGAGAGAAUAUGUAAAAAAAAAUGUACUCGAUGCUCUAGGAAAUGAGAAUACACGACCGUCUUCAGCUGCCCAAUGUGUUGCAUAUAUUGCUGUUGCGGAGCUUCCGGUUGGCCAAUGGAACUUUCUCAUGCAAACGCUUGUCAAUAAUGUAGUUUCUGAUGGUUCGACAGAGAAUGUGAGGGAAGCAACAUUAGAAGCAAUCGGCUACAUUUGUCAAGACAUCAAUUCUGAUGUGCUCGAACAACAAUCAAACAUAAUAUUAACUGCUAUAAUUCAUGGUAUGCGAAAAAGCGAAACAAGCAACCAUGUUAGAUUAGCAGCUACAAAUGCUCUCCUUAAUUCUCUUGAAUUUACAAAAGCAAACUUUGAUAAGUUAUCAGAAAGAAACUACAUAAUGGAAGUAGUGUGUGAAGCUACUCAGUCAUCUGAUACGCAAAUUUGUGUUGCUGCGUUGCAGUGUUUAGUGAAAAUUUUGUCGCUUUAUUAUCAAUACAUGGAACCGUAUAUGGCACAAGCUUUGUUUCCAAUUACUUUAGAAGCAAUGAAAUCGGAGAAUGAUCAGAUUGCACUACAAGGAAUAGAAUUCUGGUCAAACGUGAGUGAUGAAGAAAUCGAUCUUGCCAUAGAAAGUCAAGAAGCAGCAGAAGCAGGAAGACCACCUCCGCGUGUUUCUCGACACUACGCUCGCGGCGCUCUGCAAUACCUGGUGCCCAUCCUCAUGGAAAAGCUUACAAAGCAGGAAGAAGUAGAUGAUGAGGAUGAUUGGAACCCCUCUAAAUCCGCUGGAGUAUGUCUUAUGUUGUUAGCUACUUGUUGUGAAAAUGAAAUUGUCGGACACGUUUUACCAUUCAUCAAACAAAAUAUUAAGUCACCGAAUUGGCGAUACAGAGAUGCCGCUCUGAUGGUGUUUGGUUCUAUUUUGAGUGGAUUAGAUAAAAGUACUUUGAAACCAUUAGUGGAACAAGCAAUGGCUACUUUGAUUGAACUGAUGUAUGACGAAAGUGUUAUUGUAAGAGAUACUGCUGCAUGGACUUUUGGUCGUAUUUGCGAGGUUAUUCCGGAAGCAGCUAUAAACGAUACUUUUUUGAAACCAUUGCUGGAAAGUCUGUUAAACGGAUUGAAAGCUGAGCCUAGAGUUGCGGCAAACGUUUGUUGGGCUUUCACUGGUCUGUCUGAAGCCGCGUAUGAUGCAGCUGAUGCAUUUAAUGAUGAUACACCAGAAACAUAUUGCUUAUCAAAAUACUUUGAAUUCAUCAUACAAAGUUUACUCGAAGCCACUGAUAGAGUUGAUGGAUCACAAGCUAAUCUUCGAUCAGCGGCAUAUGAGGCUUUAAUGGAAAUGAUCAAAAACUCACCAAAUGAUUGUUAUAUAACUGUUCAAAAAACAACCAUGGUUAUUUUAGAGCGCCUAAAUCAAGUAUUACAAAUGGAGUCACAUAUAUCAAAUCAUAAUGAUAGGCACCAAUUCAAUGAUUUGCAAUCACUUCUUUGUGCAACAUUGCAAUCGGUUUUAAGAAAAGUUGAAGCUAAUGAUGCUCCACAAAUUUCAGAUGCUAUAAUGACCGCUCUUUUAACCAUGUUCAAUUCAAAUUCUGGCAAAGUAGGAGGAGUACAAGAAGAUGCAUUGAUGGCUGUCUCCACUUUGGUUGAUCUACUUGGUGAACAAUUCAUAAAAUAUAUGGAUGCCUUCAAGCCCUAUUUGUAUAUGGGAUUGAAAAAUCAUCAAGAAUACCAAGUAUGUUGUACGGCAGUUGGACUAGCUGGUGACAUUUGUCGUGGUCUCAAAAUAAAAAUUCUGCCAUACUGUGAUGAAAUAAUGACACUUUUGUUGGAAAAUUUAAAUGAUCCACAAAUACAUCGCAGUGUUAAGCCACAAAUAUUGUCAGUGUUUGGAGAUAUGGCUUUAAGUAUUGGUUCGGAAUUCAAAAAGUAUCUCAAUGUCGUUCUUCAAAUGUUAGUUCAAGCGGUUCGCGUUCAAAUAGACCCCAAGGAUUAUGACAUGAUUGAUUAUAUGAAUGAACUUCGUGAAAGCAUUUUGGAAGCUUAUACGGGAAUCAUACAAGGUUUAAAAGGAAUAGAGGAAACUCCACACCCGGACGUAAAACUAAUGGAGCAACAUGUCCCUUUUAUCAUCGAAUAUAUUAUCUCCAUUGCACAAGAUCGUGAAAUAUCGGACAGCAGCAUUGCAAUUAGUGCAGGUCUGGUUGGUGAUCUAUGCUCAGCUUUUGGAGCUCCAUUAGCUCCUUUAUUAGAAAACGAACAGUUAAUAAAUUUGCUGCAUGAAGGUAAAAAGUCAAGGACUAAUCGCACCAAAACUUUAUCUAGCUGGGCUUUAAAAGAAAUCCGUAAAAUCAAAACACUUCAGGGAAAUACAAGCUGAUCUGAUUUAAUCAAACAUUACAUCAAUGUUAUGCCGGAAUGUGACAGACCUUUUUAUGACAGUACUCUUCACUUGUGAAUUUAUCUUAUACCUAUGUAUCUGUUAUUCAAUUUUAAAGAUCAUUUCAAAGAAACAAAAAAAAAAUUAUGAAAUUAAAUGAUUUUUUACAUUAACUGCUUAGCCUAUAAAAAUAUUGUUGUACGAUUAUAUUUAGAGUCAAAUUUAUGGCAUGUAAUGAAUAAUUGACUAAUAAAUAUCUUAUUGAU